AUGCAUAAAUUUAGAUAUUCUUUGCACCAACACUAUAGCAAACGCAAUUCAAGUGACAAAUCCAAAGACAGUCCAAUUAGCCAAAACAGCAAUGAAGAAAAUGAUUCGACUAAAUUAAGUUCAAGUAGUCUUCAAGACUUACAUGAUGAUCUCGAUGAUAUUUAUAACAACUAUACUUUAGCACAGGGUACCAAUAACAACAGUGUAGAUACAUUGGAUUCUGAAAAUAAUCAAGCUAUAAAUAAGUUUAUUGAUAAACCUCCAGCAAUUCAUGGUAUGGAACCACAACUACCGGUGAUGCACGUUUCUUCACGAUUAUCUUCCUUAGGUAAUACCACCAAUGAAACCGGUGAAAGCAUCGCCAAAAGUGCACCAGGAACUCCGUUAUCUUCACAUUCAUUUGAUUUCAGACCGCAUCAUCCUCGUGCAGUAACAAACUCAUCCCUCAAUGUAUUGUUAGACACCCCUAAUGUCAGUUCCGAAUUCAAUCAUUUAGUGGAUCAAACACCACCCAAUGAGUCGGUAGAAAGGUUUGACGACAGUAAUAAUACUGUGGACAAUACAGAAGAGGAAGAAAAUAAUGAUGAUACAGACGAAAUACCAAAAUCCGAAACAUUGAAACAAAACGAGGAGAAUUGGGAAAAAAAGGGUGCUGCAGUUAAAACUAUCAAGACUAUGGAUGGAGAAAUGAAAACUAUUCGGCGAAAUGUUACUGAUUUCAAAUUUGGUAAAGAAUUGGGUGAAGGUUCAUAUUCCACGGUGAUUUUAGCCACUGAUAAGAUUACUGGUAAACAAUAUGCUGUAAAAGUACUUGAUAAGCGACAUAUUAUAAAAGAAAAGAAAGUCAAGUAUGUCAAUAUAGAAAAACAUGCAUUGAAUCGAUUAAGUAAUAGAUUAGGGGUUAUUUCAUUAUAUUUCACCUUCCAGGAUAAAGAUUCGCUUUAUUUUGUUUUGGAUUAUGCUUCAAAUGGUGAAUUAUUGACAUUGAUCAAGAGAUACAAUACUUUAAAUGAGGAAUGUACUAGACAUUUUGGUGCACAAAUAUUAGAUGCUAUUAAAUAUAUGCAUGAUAAUGGUGUUAUACAUCGAGACCUAAAACCAGAGAAUAUAUUAUUAGAUGACAAAAUGAGAAUUCAAAUUACAGAUUUUGGUACUGCAAGAUUAUUAGAGAAAAAGAAUGAUGAAAGUGAAGAAUACCCAGUGGAUGUAAGAGCAAAAUCAUUUGUUGGAACCGCUGAAUAUGUAUCCCCUGAAUUAUUAGAAAAUAAGUAUUGUGGUAAACCUGGAGAUGUUUGGGCUUUUGGUUGCAUCAUAUAUCAAAUGAUUGCUGGGAAACCACCAUUUAAGGCAACUAAUGAAUAUUUAACGUUUCAAAAAAUUACGAAAUUGCAAUUUGCGUUUAGUGCAGGAUUCCCUACAAUUAUUAGAGAUUUAAUAAAGAAGAUUCUUGUGUUGCAACCUUCACGACGUGCCACCAUUCCAGAAAUACAAAAACAUUACUUUUUCCAAUCGGUCGACUUUAAAGAUUUUGAUCUGAUUUGGUUGUCUGAUCCUCCUGAAAUAGGACCUUAUAAAAUGACAGCAAAAUCCAUGAUGAAAGUACCGGAAUUGAAUAAGGCACCUAUAACCACAGUCAUUAAGAAGAAUGUGAAGAAAUCCACAAACUCAAAUUCAAAUACCAACAAUGUCGCCACUGCUGUUGGUGGUAGUAGUAGUAACGGACAUAAAGGGUCAUCACCGACUCCUGAGAAAGAGCCGAGCCCAGCUACUAUUAAUAACAAGUCCACAGAAAAAGUUAGUGCCGCUAGUGUAGCUGCAUAUGUUUUAAACAAACCAGCUACAAACCAAAAUUCCAGUACAUCCGAGGAUUCAUCUAAGCGUAGCAGCAACUCCAAUGAAACUCGCAAACUUUCAUAUUCACAACAGGAUUAUAUUCCGGGAACAAAUAUUUUACGUCCACAGAUUAGUACUAGACCGUCAGUAGGAUCUUAUGUGAAAACCACACCAUCAAAGGAUAGAAAAACAUUAACCAAGGUCCCACUGAAUAUCCAUCAACAACAAGAAAAAGUGAAACCGAAAGUAAUGGAAGUGAAGCCAGCAACUACAUUGGAAGCAGCAUGGGAACCAUAUUUAACCCAUCCAGAUGAAAGAAUACUUCGUAUUGGUCCAGUUAUUGCUCAUAAAGAACCAACAGAACCAUUUGAAAAGAAGAAUAAAGCAUCUUUACAUAUAUCACCUUUGGAUAUAAAUAAAGAACAAAGAAGUAGAUCCAAUACUAGUUUACUUACACAAAUUGUAAAUGAAGUAAACAAUAACACCAGCGAAUUGAAAAAAGUGGAAAAUGCUGAUGAAUCACUUGCCAUUAUUGAACCACAAUAUAAUAUGAAGAGAAGUCCAACUUCUGAUAGUAAGAAAAGUAUGGAUAUUGAAAGAUCUGCAUCUACUUCUGGAAGUAGAAUUAGUAAGAAGGCAAUUUUCAAAAAAUUGGGGUUUAGUCAUUUAGAAAAAAAUGAUAGUGAAGAAUCAAAUGGUCCUAGUUUAACGGAAAAACCACAAACUUGUACAUUGGUUGUUACAACUCAUGGUCGAGCAUUACUUUUCAUUAGAAAUGAUAUAGAAUCCAAUUAUCUUUUAAUUGCUGAAAUCAAAUUGAAAUAUCCAUUUAUUCAUUUCCAAGAAUUAGUUAUAUCACAAACUAAAUUUUCUAAAUUAGUACCAUCAGUCGGAGUAUUUGUCAUUAGUUCAAUUGAUAAUUCAUUAAUUUUUGAAGUAGAAAAAUUUGAAGUGAAUCAAUGGACUGAAGCAUUAGCUAAAUCUAAAUAUAAUGAAAUUGGAAAGAGGUAA